CAAAAUAUAUAGAUAAAUCAGUCCCUGUAACUCUGUUUAUUUUGCAGUGAAAGGAGAAAGAGAUGGAGAAGACGAGUAAGAUUGGGAGGAGAUUUGAAGGCAAGGUUGCUAUCGUGACUGCUUCGACUCAGGGAAUUGGGUUCGGCAUCGCCCAACGCCUCGGUUUGGAAGGUGCCUCUGUUGUUGUUUCUUCGCGUAAGCAGGAAAAUGUAGAUGAGGCAGUUCAAAAGCUCAAGGCUCAGGGUAUUGAAGUGUUUGGUAUUGUCUGUCACGUAUCAAAUGCACAACAAAGGAAGAAUCUUAUUGACAAGACUGUUCAGAAAUAUGGAAGAAUAGAUGUGGUUGUUUCCAAUGCUGCUGCCAAUCCAACCAUUGAUCCCAUCUUGCAAAUGAAAGAAUCUCUCAUUGACAAGCUAUGGGAAAUUAACGUCAAAGCCUCUAUCCUUCUUCUACAGGAUGCAGCUCCUCACUUGCAGAAGGGUUCCUCAGUUGUUCUUAUUUCCUCCAUUGCUGGUUAUCAACCGCAGACUACCCUGACUAUGUAUGGGGUGACUAAGACAACCCUUCUAGGACUUACCAAGGCACUUGCAGCGGAGAUGGCACCUGAUACUCGUGUAAACUGUUUAGCUCCUGGUUUUGUACCUACUCAUUUUGCUGAUUUCCUUAUAAAGGAUGAAGCAGCGAGAAAUGAAAUCGAGGGGAAAACCUUGCUUAAUAGGCUCGGUACCACACAAGACAUGGCUUCUGCCACUGCGUUUUUGGCAUCAGAUGAUGCUUCUUACAUAACCGGAGAAACACUGGUGGUCGCUGGAGGGAUCCCAUCCAGACUCUAGUCACUUCUUCGCGCUUAUUUAAGAAAUCUUCUCUUGUUUGAACCAGCAUAAUAAUACAGUUCACCUAUCCUGUCUUUUCCUCCAUUUAAGUAUAUCAAAGUUUGUUUCUUGACUUU